AUGUCCAGGUUUCAUUUUCCUUUAUUUUUCUUCUUUUUUCAUUAUCUUUUUUCGUUUUUCAUUAUCUGUUUUUCAUUAUCUGUUUUUUCGUUUUUCAUUAUCUGUUUUUCAUUAUCUGUUUUUUCUUUUUUCAUUAUCUGUUUUUUUCAUUAUCUGUUUUUUGUCUUUUUUUGUCUGUCUUUCUUUGUCGUUUUUUUGCUUUUGUCUUUUUUUUCUUUUUUUUUUUUGCUUUUUAAGAAAGCAAAUUUACAAUUGAUUGGGCUAAGACUUUCGCUCUCUCGGUUCUUCGUUAGGCACAUCCCCACUGUUUCAUUCUUACGUUUUCUUCUUUACUCUCUGAAUAAAACUCAAAUCCUCUCCUACCCGUUCUGUUUCCCUUCCACUUAUCAGAGAUAUAUUCUCUCUCUCUUUAAAACAUGCUCUCUUUCCUCCCUUUAUAAGGCAUAUUCUUUCCUUCUCUAUUACACUUUCUCCUUUAAUCAGCUGAAAAAAUCCCUCUCUUUAACACGAAGUUUUUCUCUUCCUAUCAUUGGAAAUAUUCUCUCUCUCUUUCUCUCUCUCUCUUUCUCUCUCUCUCUCUCUAACACGAUCAUUCUCUCCACGAUUUUUCUCUCCUCCCUUUAUCCGGUACAUUCUCCCUAUUUCUCUUUAACACGACCCGUCCCUCCUCUCGUUAUCAGAUAUUUUCUCCUCUCUUUUACACAUUCUCGCCGUCCUCACUUUACAAGCACCCUUCUCUCUAUCCAUUCUCUCUAUUUCUCUUUAACACGAUCUCUCCUCCCUGUAUCAGAUCCAUUCUCUCUAUUUCUCUUUAACACGAGCUCUCCUCCCUGUAUCAGAUCUAUUCUCUCUAUUUCUCUUUAA